AGAGGAGAAAAGGAGGAGAAAAGAGAGAGUGCGGAGAGGAAGAGUGUAGGCCAGCAAUCCAGCAGACGGCGUUUACAGGACCACGUCCACCUCCUCACAAGAAGCUUUCCUCUGGACAGAUCCUCACACACGGACCUGAGUCCCUUGCGGCAGCCACAGACCCAGUCCUCAGGAGGCCUCUGUUUGUGUGUGUGUGUGUGUGUGUACGUGUGUGUGUACACGUGUGUGUGUGUGUGUGUGAAUCCCCCACGACAGUCACAGAGCCAGUCCUCAGGAGGCCUCUGACUCUCUGCCACCUAUUUUCUGCGUGUGUAUCUGUGUGUGUGUGUGUGUGUGUGUGUGUGUGUGUGUGUGUACAUGUGUGCAUCAAUGUAAUAGAGGGAUAGAAACCAGAACUGUAAAUCACUUUGUGAAGUUUUUAGGACCUGAGUGCUGUAGAUCACCUCACCACCCAGUGUGUGUGUGUGUGUGUGUGUGUGUGAGAGAGAGAGAGAACGAGAGAGAGAGAAAAUGAGGGCUGUGUUUGCGAUGCUAAAUGUGUGUGUGUGUGUUCUUCUGUGUGCUCCUGGUGCCAUCUCACAGACUACAACAGCACCCAACACGUACACGGAGUGCACAGAUGGCUAUGAAUGGGAUGCUCAGACUCAGCAUUGUAAAGAUAUAAACGAGUGUGAGAGGAUCUCGGAGGCGUGUCAGGGGGAGAUGAAGUGCUUUAACCACUACGGCGGCUACCUCUGCCUCCCUCACUCUGCCUCCGUCAUCACCGCCCCCGAGCCCGUCAGCCAACCAGAGCCCAGCGUGCCCAUCGAGGCCAACGAGGCCUUCAACCCCUGUCCUGUGGGCUACGAGCCUCAAGGGGACAACUGUGUCGAUGUGGAUGAGUGUGAGUUGGGUCUCCAUGACUGUCAGCCUAGCCAGCAGUGUGUUAACGUGGUGGGCACCUUCAGCUGCCGGUGUCCAGACGGAUACAGCAAGAUUGGAGUGGAGUGUGUGGACAUAGAUGAAUGCAGGUAUCGGUAUUGCCAGCACCGCUGUGUUAACGUCCCCGGCUCCUUCACCUGUGAGUGUGAACCGGGUUUCCAGCUGGCCUCCAACAACCGCUCCUGCGUGGAUGUGAAUGAGUGUGACAUGGGUGCCCCCUGUGAGCAGCGCUGUUAUAACACCUACGGGACCUUCCUCUGUCGCUGUGACCAGGGCUACGACUUGGGACCCGACGGCUACUCAUGCAUCGACAUUGAUGAGUGCAGCUACUCCAGCUACCUGUGCCAGUUCCAGUGUGUGAAUGAGCCUGGACGCUUCUCAUGCCAGUGCCCAGAGGGGUACGAGGUCCUGGGCACGCGCCUCUGCCAAGACAUAAAUGAGUGUGACACUGGGUCACACCAGUGUGGGGAGGGCCAGUUGUGUGUGAACAUCCACGGAGGCUACAGGUGUGUGGACAACAACCGCUGCCUGGAGCCCUAUGUGCAGGUGUCUGAAAGCCGGUGUGUGUGUCCCUCGACGAAGCCAGAAUGUCGGGACGUCCCGUUCUCCGUGGUGCACCGCUACAUGAGCAUCACGUCGGAGCGUUCCGUGCCCUCGGACAUCUUCCAGAUCCAGGCCACCAGCGUCUACCCAGGAGCCCUCAAUAGCUUCCGCAUCCGCUCUGGGGACGAGCACGCGGAGUUCUACAUCAGGCAAAUCAACAACAUCAGCGCCAUGCUGGUUCUGGCACGGCCGGUGACUGGACCCAGAGAGUUCGUGCUGGACCUGGAGAUGGUGUCGCUGACGCUGCUGAGCUACCAGACCAGCUCCUCCCUGCGCCUCUUCAUCUACGUGGGGCCCUACGCAUUCUGAGCCCCCGCAUGGAGAGAGGAGGAG